AUGGAUACAGUCGAAUUUGAUCCAACGGCGUUCAUGCCCCGUCGAUUGAGGGUAGUUGUCAUUGGCGCUGGAAUAUCCGGGAUCCAAAUAGCGCACGAUCUCACCUCACGAAUGAGGAACAUAGAUCUUGAAAUCUACGACAAGAAGGCGCCGGCGGCACUUGGUUCGAGAAUCGGUACCCAGGGUACGGUUCACCUUGCAUGCGAACACUUUGACCCAUCCCAGCGAUGCGCGUGUGAUGUUCCAGCCCAUGGGUAUCAGUAUAGCUGGGCGCCCAAUCCCCGCUGGUCUACGUUGUAUGCCUCCGCGCCCGAGAUACGCGCCUAUUUGGACUCGGUGAUUGCCGACCAUGGGGUAGCGAAGUAUAUUCGCCAUCAACAACGAUGCGUAUCUGCAACAUGGGACGAGAGAAACUCGGUCUGGAUCGCCACGUUCAAGCAUGAGUCUACUCAGGAAGAGACCGUCGUCGAGGCGGAUGUCUUAGUCUAUGCAGUUGGGCGGCUGAACAAUUACAAAGUCCCCGACUUUGACGGGAGGGCUGGAUUUCGCGGCACAAUCUGCCAUACAGCAAGCUGGCCAGAGGGCCUGGUAGUAUCGGGCAAACGAGUCGCUGUUCUGGGUAACGGCUCCAGUGGAAUGCAAUGCGUCGGUGCCCUGCAGUAUGAAGCUGCAGAGCUAUUCAACUUCUGUCAAAGCCCAACGUGGGCCGGUCCUGGUCUUUUUGAUGACAACAAAAAGUUCACCGAGGAAGAGAAGCUUGAAUUUGCGAACAACCCCGACGUGUACCACAAGUAUCGCAUCCAGCUCGAGCGGCGGAUCGCAUCUGGUUUUCGUGUGUUGUGGAAGAAUACCCCAGCGCAUCACGAAAUGCGAGAGCGGGUGGAAUCCUACUACGAUCACAGACUCGAGGAUCCGAACCUUCGAAAAAUGCUUCGACCGGACUUUGCCCCAGCGUGUCGGCGAUGGACAAUCGGCGAUUCGUAUAUCGAGGCCAUGCAGCAGCAACAUGUACAUCUAGUUCAAGAUCAUGUCGCCAGCCUCACUGAGACUGGCGUGCGGACGUGCUCGGGAGAGGAGUACGAUUGCGAUGUUGUCGUUUGCGCCACGGGUUUUGAGCCCUACGCCUCUCGCUUUCCAGUGAUCGGACGGGGUGGAAUAAGUUUGAACAAUUGCUGGGGUCCGCAAAGCGACUGCGAGAGCUAUAUGGCAAGCAUGGUGGCUGGAUUCCCCAAUUUCUUUGUUUUCCAUCCACCUCUUUGCCCUGUUAACGGCUCUGUCAUCCCGGGGAUUGAACGGACGUCAGACUACAUCAUUCGGAUCCUGACACGACUGCAGACUGACUGCCUUCGCUCAGUCAGUGUCAAGCCCAAAGCGCAACAUGACUUUGUCCGCUGGGCUCAAUCCUGCAUGCCUGACAUGCCGUGGUCUGAUUCAUGCAGCUCAUGGUGGCGAGUAGUGGUUCCAUGGCCGGGGACCAACCACCACUACUAUGCCGCCACGGAAAUCGUUCGUUGGGAGGAUUUUGACCUCUGUUUCGAGGACCCGGCACAAAAGUAUGCGAGCUUUGGUAAUGGGGUGACAGAAGACGGCUUUGCGCCUGGAUUCAUCCCUUGGGUGCUGAAGCCUGAGGGCAGUGAGUGA